CCUUGACCAUGAACUACCAUCGGCCCGAACCCCAAAACUUUCCCCAUUCCUCUGGGCUCAAAGCUCAGCUCACCCAUCUCCUACCCAGUCGCCACGCACGUUUCCACGUCCGCAUCACGAUACACCAAAUCGCCAGCGUCCCCCUCGUUACUGGUGCUUUUGGCGUACGAUGGAAGUUCAAGAACACGUUGAAGGGGAAGAGGGGGAAGCAGGGGGGAGUGGACACUGUCGAGCACGAACACGAGAAUGAGAAUGAGGACGAUGAUAGCUUCCGCAGCGCCGAAAGCCCGAACGCCCCCGCGCCGCCCAUGAGCAGUCGCUCCGCCACUUCGUCGUCUUCUGAAGUGAACCCCGAUGAGUCGGGAGGCGCUACGGCGACACGCGGCCAGACAUCAUGGGCGCCGUUGCAGGAGCACUCUGCGACGUGGGAUCACCACUUGGACGCCGUCGUGCAGAUGUCUAUCGAGCGCGAUAGCCACUUCCCCCGCUUGCUGCCCCAUCCUUUCAAGCUCACCGUGUGGCAGAAGGUCGUCGCCCACGAUCCCGACGCACCCCAUAACCCGCGCCUGGGAGUCGUCGAGCUCGAUCUUGCCGAGUACGCGGAUAGCUUCCCCCUUGAUGCGGGUGUCGCAUCGAAGGGUGUUGUGACACGUCGCUAUCUGCUGGGGGAGAGCAAGACGAACGCGACUCUGCGGUUGUCCAUCUCCGUCGAGCCCGUCCCCCCAGUCGCGCAUUUCGUAGCGCCUCCGCUGCCUAGCGCGGAGAUCCUCGCUGGGGUGACCACAUUGUUAUCGACCAAUGACGACGUGUAUCGCACACGUCCGCGGGCUCUCAAUCUCUAUGCGCCCAUCGAGAUCUCUCGACAGAAUCUGGAGGCGUACGAUGUGCGUAACAUCCCGCGAGUGCAUGGUCCCGGGCCGACCGAGUCGCUCAUCGACGCGCUCUUCAAUCCCACUCCUGUCCGCGACGAGCGUCUCGUGACGCCGUUCACGCGGCUUGUUUCGGCAGAAACUGGUUCCGUCGCAUCGUACACGACAGAGUCAUCGGCUGAUUCGAAAGGAAUCCAGCUAGGACACCGCCACACGUCAAGUGUGAGCCCGAGCAUCACGCCAAGUGUCAGCAGCAGCGCUCGGGAGAGCGCAGGACCCACUUCAGAACCCUCCGUUGCUCGCCCUUGGUGGAAGCGCAACCGAGACCCAGCGGCGUCUUCUGUCACUGUCGCUUGACCGCUCAUACUUAUGACUUACUAUGAUCUCUGAUGUUUUGAGCGUACAUUACUUACAUAUCGGGCUAUUUCGUCCCAACUACUCCCUUACGAUUUACUUAUCUUAUCUGGUAUUGUUGUAAUCAUAGACCGGCUUUGGUUGUGUAGAUCUCGCUGAACGUACUUACUGGCUGACAUAAACACGUUGUUGCACUUUUUGAUGAGGCUGAUGAGAUCAAAUGAGCGAGAAAAAUCACAUGUUAAUGCACCUUUUCCCUGUCCUCUCAUGCUCUCGUAUGCCCUUUCGACGGCCAGUAGCUACUUCUAUCUGCCUGUCGACGAAGAGGAAGAGCGUACAAUAAACGAUUACCGACGCAAGCAUAUAACCUGGUCAAGCGGCUCAACAUCUUCUUCUACGCGCAGAGAGUCUCCAGGCUCUCAAUCCUCCUCGAGGACAUAUGCAGGCCCAUCAUCUGCCGCUUUGGAUGAAGUUCUUGCGCACGAUGACCUAUAUUCAAUCCUGGGCGUAUCUCGAUCUGAAAGCCUCGAUAAGCUUACCCUCAGGCGAGCCUACCUAACAAGAAGCCGCUCCUGUCAUCCCGACAAAUUCCCAAACAACCCUGGAGCCACAAUCGCGUUCCAAAAAAUCGCCGUCGCAUACUCGGUGCUGAGUCAGCCCGCCUCCCGGCGGACAUACGACACACGGUCGCCGCAAGCGAAAUACGACGUGUUUGCGGCGAACCCCGCCGGCCAUGCGCAAGACACAUUCCGGAGCAUCGUCGUGGGAGUUUUCGACGACUUUCUCGAAGGAGACCUGGAGGUCAUCAGAUCGUUUCUCAAGGCUGUCAGUGAUAUCAAUCCGUCGUUGAGUCUAGGCGACGAAGGCAUCAAUUCGGUGCUGAAUUCGCUGCAAGGCAUCCGCGAUCGCGCACUCACUUGCCGGACCUGCGUGUUUGCGUUGCACGCUGAGUUGCUGCGGCUCGUCGAAGUGCAGCAUACGCUGAGGGGGCUGUCCUACUUUGAUCUCAUGGGGCGCAGCCGAGUGACGAUCCAGCUGACGAGGAUCACCCUGAGCCUCCCGAUUGCGUUGGAACGGGCUGUCCUCGAGGCCAAUGGAGCCGCUGAAUACGACGGCUCGAUUCUUCCCAGCAAGAUCGCCACUCUGAUACGGGGGAUAGAUAUGAUUCUGGAACGCAUGGAAAAUAUGCUCACACGCUGA